CGACCAACCGACCGAAUUAGAAAAAAAAAUCCCUUUUUUGUAAUAAAUCUAAAACACCCAAAAUAAUUAGAGUUCAUAGUUGUUAAAUAGAGAAAAAAUAUUUUUUGACUUAGUGUGUGUGUUUUUGGUGGUGCCACAGACAGACUAACAGACAGACAGACGCGUUAAACGUAAUAACACCCUCUCUUUUUGCGUCGGGGAUUUAAAAGGCUCAUUCAACGUGUUGCAAUACCAGAACGGACUAGAAGUUUGGCGCAUACUAUACUUAUCUUAUGUCGUCAGUUCAAAAACAGUGUUAUGUUUGAAAAAUUAAGAAUAUUGUUUUACGUUUUCCUCACACUGUUCAUACCGUAUUUGUUGCAAGAGUACAUUUCUGCGAUUCUAAUAAAUAAAGUAAGAAAAUGUAACAGCUGUUCAUCGUGCAGAAACCGAUAGAAAAUGGAGCUUCAAAUUCUGUUUUUGCUCAUUUUCUUGAUAAACUUGACCUGUGUGGUUUCUGAACUGAGUUUAAGAUUCGUAAUAAUAGUUGAGAAGCACGACACGGACUUGCCCCAACAGUUAGAACGCGCUCUGAAGUUGGCAGAAGAGAAUACGCCUGGAGUGACAGUGUCUGAUGACGUCAUACUCCUCGACCGACAGUUUGAGGAGGAGAGCCAUAGACAACUAUGCUCAUUUAUAUCGAAGGGUGUCUCCAUCAUCAUAGACCUGUCCUGGUCACCCUGGGAGGCGGCGGAGGAGUUAUCUUCUUCAGCAGGAGUGCCGCUGGUCCGAACGGUACUAGGCUCGCAGCAACUGGUAGGAGGCAUCAACAGCUACCUGGAGUCGAGGAAUGCUACAGACGCGGCUUUUUUGGUGGAGAAUGAAAGCGAUGUGGACAGAUCGCUGUACUCGCUACUGGGGCGGUCGGCUGUACGCGUUUGGGUACACGCCGGCCUCACGCGGGACACGGCGACCGCGCUGAGGAGUAUGCGGCCUCAGCCCAGCUUGCAUGUCAUUGUGGGGAACAGCGCUUUCGUCACAGCUACUUAUAGACGGGCUGUCAAAGAAAAAUUAGUAAAACGCAACUACACAUGGAACUUAGUGCUCACAGACUAUGAGAAAAUCGACACAUCGAUGUUGGUGCUACCGGCUGUGGUACUGCAAGCUGACCCCGCGGAGUGUUGUCGGCUGUUGAACAUGAGGGACUGCACUUGUAAUCUAACUGCGCAGAAAACAGAGUACAUAAUCAACAACUUGAUACAAUACUCCGUGGAUGCUCUCGUGAAGGUUGACGCUGACGUCAUGACCAUCGACUGCGACAACCCGGCUGGAGAACUAAAUGCCACCAAAGAGAGGCUCCAUCAACUUCUAGAAGAUGACAGCAUGAAUAAUGAGACUUUGUUCUAUUGGGAUGAGGAGAGCUCCAGUCUCCUGCUCCGGUCGCGUUUUACCCUGUCUACGUACACGGUGGAAGAGGGUCUGCAAAGGGCUGCGUACUGGUACGCUAACGAAGAGUACCACUUACUGCCUGGUGUGGAGCUGGUACCUUUGAGGAACUACUUCCGUAUUGGCACUUCAGCUGCAGUGCCGUGGAGUAUGGUGAAGUACAACCCGGAGACGGGGGAGCCGGUGCUGACGGAGGAGGGGCAGCCGGUCUAUGAGGGGUACUGCAUCGAUCUCAUUCAUAAAAUCGCUGAGUCAAUGGGCUUCGACUACGAAAUUGUGACUCCAAAAUCGGGCUCUUUUGGUAUGCGACUACCAAAUGGCUCUUGGGAUGGUAUUGUGGGAGAUCUGACUACUGGGGAGACGGACAUCGCCGUGGCAGCCCUGACGAUGACGGCGGAGAGAGAAGAGGUGGUGGACUUCGUGGCGCCGUAUUUUGAGCAAACUGGCAUUCUAAUUGUGAUACGCAAGCCGAUCCGCAAGACGUCCCUGUUCAAGUUCAUGACGGUGCUGCGCACGGAGGUGUGGCUCAGCAUCGUGGCGGCGCUGCUGCUGACCGGCUGCAUGAUCUGGCUGCUGGAGAAGUACUCCCCCUACUCCGCCAGGAACAACCCUGACGCCUACCCCUACCCGUGCCGGGAGUUCACCCUAAAAGAGAGCUUCUGGUUCGCUCUGACGUCGUUCACGCCUCAGGGUGGUGGAGAAGCCCCCAAGGCGUUGUCGGGGCGUACCCUGGUCGCCGCCUACUGGCUCUUCGUGGUGCUCAUGCUGGCUACCUUCACCGCCAACCUGGCUGCCUUCCUGACUGUGGAGAGGAUGCAGACACCGGUCGCCUCCCUCGAGCAGCUGGCGCGCCAGUCCCGCAUCAACUACACGGUGGUGGAGAGCUCCACCAUACACCAGUACUUCAUCAACAUGAAGUUCGCGGAGGACACGCUGUACAGGGUGUGGAAGGAGAUCACCCUGAAUGCCACAUCCGACCAGGCGCAGUACCGCGUGUGGGACUACCCUAUACGGGAGCAGUAUGGUCACAUCUUGCUGGCUAUAAAUGCGUCAGGCCCCGUGCCGGAUGCCGCGACAGGGUUCCAGCAAGUGAAUGAACAUUCUGAAGCUGACUUCGCCUUCAUACACGACUCAGCUGAAAUUAAGUACGAAAUAACCCGUAACUGCAACCUGACAGAGGUAGGCGAAGUCUUCGCCGAGCAGCCAUACGCGAUAGCAGUGCAGCAAGGCUCCCGCCUGCAGGAGGACCUGUCCCGGACCCUGCUGGACCUGCAGAAGGAGCGCUUCCUGGAGCAGCUGUCCAGCAAAUAUUGGAACGAAACUGCGCGCCAAGAGUGUCCCGAUGCUGAUGAAUCGGAAGGAAUCACGUUGGAGAGUUUGGGCGGUGUUUUUAUAGCGACUUUAUUCGGAUUGGGUCUCGCAAUGAUUACCUUGGCCUGGGAAGUUUUCUAUUACAAGAGAAAAGAGAAAAACAAAGUGCAGGCCAUAGACGCGACCAUAGAGAAGACAGAGGCGUUCGCGGAGAAGAAGGAGAAACUACCUGUUAAGGUGGCGGAAAGUGUUGCCAAGUUACGGAAGAGGAAUAAGAAAAAGAACAUAGUCAAGACUGUCACUAUCGGAGACCAGUUCAAACCGGCAGAUAAAGGAGUCUCAUAUAUUAGUGUGUUUCCCAGAGAUGGUUAUCGACCUUAGAUUCAUUACCAUGGAUUGAUUUGAAUCUCAAUUUUCUUCAAAGAAAAUUGAAACUAAUCACUACUGUUUAAAUUUCACUUUACUUUGUAUCCGCACCCAAAUUCACCAACAAAAUUGUCUGUAAUUUUUUGAGGGGGACGAGGUACACUCACACAUUAAAAAUGUUUAACACCAAUAAAUACUCGCUUAAUACCAAUACGUGUCGUACCAAAUCCUAGCACAGUCUUUCCCGACUAGUUGGAGGGGAAUGGAAUAUUGGUCAUAAUAAAAAAAAAGAUAUGGCAAAUAUUCUUUAAAAAAAUUAAGAAAAAAAAAUUGUCAACGCAUCACAUUAUAUUGUAACCGCACCGACAGAGUUUCUCUUUGUUAAGUCUAACCUUAAUUUAUUUGUGAAAUAAUAUUUUAGUGAAAUCAAAGUGUUUUUAAUUAACCUUCUGAUUAGGUACCCUAAAUAGCCACCGUAUACAGGUCCUAAAAGGUAAGACUUGCGAGGCAGGUCUCUUUAUAAUUUGUCUGAGACAUACAAGGACGUAGUAGUAUAGUACGACCGCUCAGAAAUUGCAUUUCUGACACCUGUCAAUGAGAGAUAAUGUCAAUGUCAUAUUUAAAUAUCUUUUGCUAAGCUUAAUCACGAGUAAUAACACUAAUUUAAUAAAUAUACCAGUAUACAAUAAACGUACUAAUUUUUGGAUCAAAUUAUUACAAACUAGCGAAUGCCCGCGAAUUCGUCCGCCCUUAAACCUCUUUAAUCCAGCCCUUACAGUAGUAUCGCUGUAAAAAUAAAGUAACUUCUCCCGUUUUCCCAACAUUUCCCUUCACUGCUCUGCUCCUAUUUAUCGUAGCGUGAUGAAAAGUAUACUAUAACCUGCCCAGGAGUAUGAAGAAUAAUUGCACCAAGUUUCGUUAAAUCCGUCGAGUAGCUUUUGUUUCUAUAACGAACAGACAGAGAGACAGGCAAAAAUUUUACUGAUUGCAUUUUUGGCAUCCCUGAUAGUUAUUUUGGAAAUAUAUUUCAUGUACAGAAUUAACCUCUCUGCAGAUUUAUUAUACGUAUAAAUAGAUAAUUAAAUAACAAAUAUAAAAAGGUGACGUUGACAGGUGUCAAAAC